GUUUGCUCCAUUUCUUUUCAUCUUUUCUUUUUGCUACCCUACACAAUGGGGCCUACGGGGACAGAGGGAUCUCACGACCCCGCCAGGGAGUUUUGUCUGGAGUCAUAUUUUCUUGAUAGAGAGGUUUUCGUCGUUCCUGAACAGGUCCUAAAGGACAUCACCAAAGGCCCGCUGCGCUCUUUUAUAUUGCAAUCUCGGGAUAUCCAGCAAUUAUUGCAAGUCUGGAAAUGUCUUCUUCAUACAUUUGCAGCUGCCAACCUGCCCGGGUCGCAUAAUACAGCCAUUUGCAAUGCUGUCAGCGCAUAUCUAGAGUCGGCCUUGAAAUCUGACUAUGAGGAGCUCCGCCACUUUGUGCUGUCCAAAGAAACCUGGAUAUCUGUCUUCGAGGACUUCUUGGACCGCUAUCAGAAUGGCCGACCCAAGCCCAUGAAACAGGUCCUUGGCACCCUGAUCAUGAUCCUUUCAAAGUACAUGGACGCUGCUACCUCUAGACUGGUGUGCGAGCACAUAGCCAGGAUUACCGUCCCGACUAUUAUUCUGUUUGAGCCUCGCUCAAGGUUAAAGGCGUCUCUCGUUUCACUGGAGUCCCUCAUCCGAAAAGAGGCCGUCAACGUGGUGGACUGGCUUCAUUCGGCGGAAGAGUGGCUAUGGGCCAACCAUUCAAGCUGGAUCCCGCUCCUGGGCGAAUAUUGUACGGACCUCAAAGUACCUUUAACCCGUCUUGCGGAUGAGGAAACCAGGCGGGAUAUUUCACCAGGGAGUUUACAUCUAUAUGCCGCCCGCAUAUUAUGCCUAGUGCUUCUACUAAAUACUCAUAACCGGGAUAUUUCGCUCCCUGCAGGAAUGCUAUUUUCCCAGUUGUGCUGCCGACUUAAAUCCGUGGCGGCCGCCUAUGAGUUUCGGUAUUACGCAAAUGACGACCCCUUUUGGGUUGCACCGUUAAAAUAUGUGUCUUUAAUGAAUCUGGACUGUUUAGAUCCCAUAGCUAACCAUGUUCUUUUCCCUCUUUUCAAAACGGAGCCAAAGGACUUCCUGUCCUUCGUAAGCACUCUACCCCUUGAUAGCAUUCGUUCAAAAACACGCUCUAAAGCUUCGAAUGAAGAAUAUACUCUUCUCUUCGCCAUUCUUGAGCGUGGAAAGGAGCUAGGGCUGGUUCAUGACAAAGAGGAUCUCGAAAAACUUAGUCCGGCCGUUGCCAAAUCGUCAAUUUUGUUGGAUUCGAGAGACUACAAGCAUUUCUUGGUCCACGCAGAUGAGAAUAUAAGGAUCCCUGCCUUAUCAUUGCUCACAACAGAUCCAGCUACUGCAAAGCCAUUUUCCCCAUUCACAUUCCAGAUCCUCACAGACACCCUCCCGUACAUACACGCAGAAACGGACUCCAACACCCGGAGUCAGCUUCUUAGUAUUUUAAGGAGGCUAACUAUUAGACUUCGAGGCAGCUCCACCACGAUUCAAGCACCCUCUGACGGCAGUCCUGAAUUGGAAAAUGCCCAACUAAAUCAAAAGGUUAUUACCACACCGAAUGCCAAAACAUUUUUAUAUUGGUAUAUCGACUUCCUCGAAAAUGAGCUUCGCCCCACUGCCUCAUAUCAAAGACAUAUUCUAGCUCUCAAAGUUUUCUUGUUGUUGUUGCAGUCCGGAGUCGACAACCGAAUUGACCGGGCGCAUUUCUCUAAACUAGGCCAGGAACAACAAACUUGGCGCUUCACCAUAGAAGUAUUCAGACCCGGCCUAUUCAGGGCUAUUGCAGACUUGCUGCUUGAUCCAUAUGACGAUGUUCGAGAGGCAUCGAUGAUGCUUCUUCGCUUAUUCCCUGGCGGCCUCCUCCAAACACGUUCGGAAGCUACUGGCCCAAGCCCCUACUCACAGUUAGUGGCCGCUGUCUCAAGAGCUGAAGAUAUGGCGGGUCAUACUAGUAGAGCCGAUCACUCUGACACUGUUGGCCGGCUGCACCGUCUUCUAUUUGAUUUUGCUGGAGUUAUUGAUAUCGACUCAAGUCCGAAUAGGACCCCGUAUGGUAUUGUUGAUAACUUGCUUUUGAAUUUAGAGCAAAGCAUUUCUUGUUCGGUGAAAUCAUUCCAUGCUACACUUCACAAUACCCCGCUUCAAGGACAUGUCUCCGCCUUAAGGUAUAUUGUCGGAACACCCAAUUUUCACGCUAUCGUGUCUUCUUCUCAGGACUCGGUCUCGGCUUGGUCAUCUUUCCUCAAACGGAUACUUUCAAUUUGCUCCAGAAUUUGGUUUGGUGUUCAAGACGUACUCUGUGUUGAUUCACCGGAGCGAGAGCAUGAGAAUCCGGAUGAAGACCUAGCGGGCCCCAAAGAUAUUCUCUCAUUCUCAUGGCGGGCGUUGCGUGAAUCAAGUCUAUUACUUAACGCUAUUUUGAUAAAUACGACGUUUGCUCCCAGCGGUUCCCAAAACGGAAUUGGAUACGAGACACUUUCAAAAAUAGGUAAACUGAGUUUCGAGCAACUAGCGGAAUUGAGACACAGGGGUGCUUUUUCUACCGUCUCUCAGACUUUCGCCUCCUGCUGUUUACGCUGCUUCCAGUCUGAUGACGCUGCAACAAGGGCGUUACCGGCUGCAUGGUAUAAAGAUACCGUUGGAAUUAUCUACGAUCAAGCGUCCAGGCUCACCCGAAGAUCUGCUGGUCUUCCAGCUAUAGUCACCGGAAUAGCCACAUCUCAGCCAGGGGGGAACCUAUUCCGACAAAUCAUGGAGGAGCUCCAAAAUAUCUCUCGGACAAGCCCCAUGGAGACAACUGAUAAGCCCGAUUUGGAAUUACCCCAAGUCCAUGCAUUGAACUGCCUGAAAGAUAUCUUUACAAAUACCAACCUCGCCCAAAGUACGGAGCCAUAUGUUAUGCCAUCCUUAAAUAUCUCAGCCAAUUGUCUUGGGUCAAAUAUUUGGGCAAUUCGUAAUUGCGGCUUGAUGCUGUUUCGCUCGUUAAUAAAUCGGAUGAGCCGCCCAACCCCAGAAUCUCGUCGUGGGAUAUUUAUAAUGCCUGGUUCGGAUUCUAACCACAGCGUUCCAUUUGAGAAGUAUCACGGAUUAGUGCCACUAUUAUCCGGCCUUUUAGAUACUCCUGUGUCUAAUGAGAAGGAUCAUGAAUCCGAAGCAUCUAGGGGCUGGGAUCUCUCCAUACUCACUGAGCGGGUCUUCCCUGCGCUUGAGCUGAUCGGAAAUAAGGCACCUGCUCGUCCUUCUAGUGAUGAUGAUAUCUUAAAAAGGUUAGCCCUAUCCCAAUUCUCAAAUCCCGUUUGGGGAAUAAGAGAUCAUGCGGCGAGGACGUACGUCACUUUGGUGAAAAGGGCAGACCUGCUGCAAACCGCCCAAGAGCUUUCUAGCCCCGAACUACGAACUCAACUACCAAAUCAAGUACAUGGGUUACUCUUGUGCAUAAAAUAUUUGCUUCAGAAGCUAUGGGAGUCUCCUGCUGGUUAUUGGUGUGGUAACAUCAACGAUAUAAUGGGCAUAAUUGAGAAUGUCUUCAGGAGCUUCUAUGAUUCUAAGCUAGCGCCCUAUAUAAAAGCCUGUCUUUUUGAAAUAGUAGCGAAUAUUUUGGAGGCGAGCAUUGGAUGUGGACAGGAAGACAAAGUACUGCCUUGUUGCGAUUAUAUCCUCAAAGGUUAUCUAACCGAGCAGCUCCUCGGUAAGGCUUUGGAAUCCAGUUCAGGAUCUUCGAUUUCCCGAUCGUCAUCACUCUUAGUGCGGUUCCUUUCCUUCGAUCUUGUCUUUUUGAAAGUAUUGAAGGACUCCCCGGAGGAGGUAGCGCAAUUCCUGGAAGCUAUCUCAGUCGCAGAUAUAGACGGUGCUCACUGGGUGCUGGAUCGACUUCAUCGAUGCUUCCGUUAUUGUGCAGCCCUUCAAUUAAAUUCGAUUAAGCUAUAUAAAUGUGCAAUUGAGAUAACUCAGUCGUCACUACUAAAAACCGCGGCGAUGUCUUACCUUGCAGAAUCGCUAGAGAGCUUUUACGAACGGAAAACACAACUCCCCCCCGAACUCCAGUUUCUCAAGCGCUGGGCGAAAUCUGUGGACUUCUUUACGGAACAGAGCGGCGCUCCACUCUGGGACCGCGCCAGGUUCAAUGCUUCGAUCCAUCUGGCAGGAUGUUUAUUUCCCCUCCGAGUUGAUUCAACCGUAGCGUUGGAAUCUUCUACUAAGUUGAGGUCUGAUUUACGGAAGAUGGCUCAGACAUUGUCGUCCGCCUUGGCGGAGGAAACAGAAUUCUCAACGAGGUAUUCUGCAAUUUGUGCUAUGAAGUGCCUUAUCCUCGGACUUGAAAGAAUGGAUGCCUACAGUCCCUAUUCAGCUUCUUUCAUUGAAAUUUACUUUCUUUUAUAUGAUAUGUUAAACGACGAUGACGAAGAACUACGAGAUGCUUCCACUCAUAUCGCAUCAAACUUUUUCUCCGAUUUGCUCCCAACUCCGGAAUUGCCUCUCACAACAAACGUGACGCUUGCAAGGUUCGUCACCCAGUUUUUCCCUAUAUCUCACAAAGUCUUCGAAGGUGCUCUCUUCCGUUUUAUGGGAAAUAGAGGCGAUAAAGUCUCAUUCACCCCCAUUCGAGAUCAGCUUAAUGAACUUCAAAAGGAGAGUACAGUUUUGUUCCUUGAAGAGAAGCAAAACCUUUAUAUUGACGAAGUUCGAGAGAUUGAAAUAUGGUCCAGUGUCCUUGCUCAACUAGACCAUAGCGGUCCCCCAACAGAUCUGGGCCUGAAGUUUGUCUCCUGGGUGUGUGAAGGUUUAUCAGAACUACGUGAGGAGCUGCGUAAAAAGCAAGCUAGGGGUAUAUUGGGAUGGAUGUCAGGCCCAGAUGCCUUAGCCAUGAGUAUGCGUCUCAUCCAUGGUGCAAAGGUUCUACUUGCUACGAAUGCGUUUGGUUGCCCUGCGUACAAGACUUCUACAAUCCAUGAUACACUUCAGGAUAUGUUGGAGAUUGGUGAAAGUGCUGGAAUAUAUGAGCCUUGGAUUGCAGCAGUCGAGAAUGCGCUUAAUCAAAAAAGCACAAGUUAUGGCAGCAGUUUACAAGCCAGCUUCAAUGCUGUUAGGACAAGUCUAGUAAUACGUUAAAGGAUUCCGCAGCUGGGUGUUUCCAGUGUUGUGUUGUUAUUUGAGACUCCCUCAGCUUACUUGCAGUAUUCGCGUCCACCAUAGCAACAAGCAUAAAAAGGUUAUAACUUCUUG